GAACACCCGCUGGAAUAGUGUUCUACUGGGGGCAAACAAAAUAGUCAUUCUGUUUGGACAAUUGUGCCGGGGAGCACGCGCCUAGAAAACCCCAAAAACAAGUUCUCACUGGACAGCUGUCCAACCUGCAACCUCCAACGUUAAGUGGAGCACAGCCUAGAAACAUGAAUUUACACCUGCGAGAUUUCCUUGGAAUGGAACUGGUUCACCUACUGGCAGCCAUUGCCAUUCUGGCCGUGCAAGGGACGGAGGCUCAGUUCUACUACCCAAUGGCCACUACGGAGCCACCGGAGCUGCCAGUGGAUCAUCGGCAACGCUUCCUGCUCUACAACCCCUUCAAUGGCCAGCAGCUGGAGCCGCUGCGAUACAUGUCCUUUCUACGGGGCUAUAACCGCCAGGCGGGGCAGGUCAGCGGAAACCUUGUGGAGCUUCCGCAACUCUGGCAGCCCUGCUCCUGCUCGGAGUUCAUCUGCCGGUGCUGCCUGGGCCUGGUUUUCGGUUUCGGGGAGUCCUUCAACCAGCGCGUUUGCACGUCCAUCGAGUACAGCCGAGCGGAUCUGGGCCUCCGCCUCAGUAUCGAAGUGAACCAGAGGUCUGUGGCAAACUUUGGCUUCUCGGCCCGCAACCCGCCAGACUAUUGUGUCCCGCUGCUGCUCCCGCUGCCGCUGUUCAGCUGCCUACGGCUCUACGACAUCCGGGCCUACGGGGAGGGCAAUGUGCAGGUCUGCAUAUCGGUGGUGUUCAAGGUGCUGGUCAGCCAGUUCUUCGAGUAUCGCUUCAACUGCAUCCGCUUUGGAGUCAAUGGAGUACACUUUGUGCGCGAUUCUCAACAGCAGUACCAGGACAAGGAAAAGGAUCAGGGGCAGGCCGGGGAAGUGGAGCUGGACAAACGGGGAGUAAUGACCGUAAAAACACCAGAGAAGGUCCCCAAGAGCUUUAAGACGCCUAAUGACAACUUGGCGGCCUCUGGCAGCCGCUUGGAUUUCCAUCCCAUCUAAUGUGUGUCUUUCUCAUGUUGUGUCUACCAUUUCUCAUCAUGAUCCAUUCCACUCCAUGCCUCAUUCUACAAGUAUUACACGUUAAGUAAAAAAGUGAAAUUUCUGUUAAUUAAAAAGCUUUUUAUUCCGCGCCCCAGCCCCAGCCACAGCCCCACCGUCACUGACAAACAGAGCGCCAUGAAAAUUGCGAAAAUUGCCAAUAAAACUCGAGUCUUACUUCGGUUUUGUGUGAGCGGUGAU